UCUCCCAUCACAACUCACCUUCAAAAAAAAACAACUCUCAUUUCCCACCUCUUUUCUCUCUAAAAAUUCUCACAUUUUCCCCUUCACAACACACCCCAAAACUAGCACCUUACUAUACACAAAAACAUCAAAAAUAGGUAGUCAUGGCCACUUCUUCUCCUGCUACAAAUACAUGGAUUAAACCCAAGAUAUCAAUGCCAUCAUCAAGAGAGUUUGGUCAUUCUUCAAACUCAAUUUCACUACUCAAAAACAAGCCUAAUAAAAUCACUUGCUCUCUUCAAGCUCCACCUAUCCUUCAUUUCCCUAAACAACAAUCUUCAAAUUAUCAAACACCUAAAACAAAUACCAUUCCCACUUCAAAACCAACCACAAAAAUUUCACACCCAAAACAAGAAAAUAAAUCCUCCUCCUCUUCUCCUUGGAAUUUAGUACAAAAAGCAGCAGCAAUGGCUUUAGAUGCUGUAGAAAGUGUUUUAACAAAACACGAACUUGAACAUCCUUUACCAAAAACAGCUGAUCCACGUGUCCAAAUUUCCGGUAACUUCGCUCCUGUACCGGAAAAUCCAGUCACUCAAUCACUUCCGGUCACCGGAAAAAUACCAAAAUGUGUUAACGGUGUAUACGUUCGUAACGGAGCUAACCCGUUAUUCGAACCAACAGCUGGUCACCAUUUCUUUGAUGGUGAUGGUAUGGUACAUGCUGUUCAAUUCAAAAACGGAUCAGCAAGUUACGCUUGUCGUUUCACUGAAACUGAAAGAUUGGUUCAAGAGAAAGCUUUGGGUCGACCUGUUUUUCCAAAAGCCAUUGGUGAAUUACAUGGUCAUUCUGGUAUUGCAAGGCUUAUGUUGUUUUAUGCACGUGGUGUUUUUGGUCUUGUUGAUCAUAGUAACGGAACUGGUGUUGCUAACGCUGGUUUGGUUUAUUUUAAUAACCGUUUACUUGCUAUGUCUGAAGAUGAUUUGCCUUACCAUGUUAGGGUAACGGCUAAUGGUGAUCUUGAAACUGAUGGAAGGUUCGAUUUCGAUGGGCAAUUAAAAUCAACAAUGAUAGCUCACCCGAAACUUGAUCCUGUUUCAGGGGAGCUUUUUGCUCUUAGUUACGAUGUGAUUCAGAAACCGUAUUUGAAGUACUUCAGGUUUUCAAAAAACGGGGAGAAAUCUAAUGAUGUUGAGAUUCCUGUUGAAGACCCAACAAUGAUGCAUGAUUUCGCGAUAACGGAGAAAUUCGUUGUUAUUCCUGAUCAACAAGUUGUGUUCAAGAUGUCUGAAAUGAUCCGUGGAGGAUCACCUGUUGUGUAUGACAAGAACAAAGUUUCAAGAUUUGGGAUUUUGGAUAAGUAUGCUAAAGAUGGAUCAGGUUUGAAAUGGGUUGAAGUGCCUGAUUGUUUUUGUUUCCAUUUAUGGAAUGCUUGGGAAGAGCCGGAAACUGAUGAAAUUGUGGUGAUUGGUUCAUGUAUGACACCACCUGACUCAAUUUUUAACGAAUGUGAUGAGGGAUUAGAGAGUGUUUUAUCAGAAAUUCGGCUCAAUUUGAAAACUGGAAAAUCAACAAGAAAGGCUAUUAUUCAAAACGAAGAAGAACAGGUGAAUUUAGAAGCAGGAAUGGUGAACAGGAACAAACUUGGGAGAAAAACACAGUAUGCAUAUUUGGCUAUUGCUGAACCAUGGCCAAAAGUUUCUGGUUUUGCCAAAGUAGACCUUUUUACAGGUGAAAUUAACAAGUUCUUUUAUGGUGACAACAAGUAUGGUGGGGAGCCUCUUUUUUUACCAAGAGACCCAAACUGCAAAGAUGAAGAUGAUGGUUACAUUUUAGCUUUUGUGCAUGAUGAGAAAGAAUGGAAAUCGGAGCUGCAAAUUGUUAAUGCAAUGACCUUAAAGUUAGAGGCCACAGUGAAACUUCCAUCAAGAGUCCCUUAUGGUUUUCAUGGAACUUUCAUAAAUGCCAAAGACUUGGCACAUCAGGCCUAAUUUGGAAGGCGAAAAAGGGGCUGAAUUUGCAAUUUGUGGCUAUUACAGAGGAGAUUUACCAGAGGGAUGGUUUAGAUUAUACGUCCCCGGAAUUUCCUCUAUAAUAGGAUUUUCUUUCAUUAUUUUUACUUUUUUUUAAAAAAAAUAUUGUGAGAGAUUUUCAGAGACCAUGCUUGUAGCUUGGAUGUAGUUAGAAAUUGGAGCUCAGCUGGUUUUUCUGCUUAUUCUUUCACAUUUCUAUUGUGCAUGUGAGAGAGUAUAUAUACCAUAUAGGAAUACUAUACAAUGUUCCUGUAACUCUCUGUUUCUUGUAUAUGAAGAAUGAUGGCCUAUACUAUUUCCA